AUGGCGACCAAUACAUCACCUGCAAAUAUCCCAUCUGCAGCCUUCCCAACACUCCAUGGUACACCGAUUGUGACAGGAACGUUUAUGCCGCCGCAUCUUCAAUUUCUGGCCCAACAAACUCCUACGCAACCCUCCUACAUGCCAUGGGGAGCGGUAUCCCCGAUGGCCACGAUGAACGGACAGCCAACGCCCGCUCCACCAGGUAUUGUUAAUAAUGACCUGAUAGCUAUGCUCAUUAAAAGGCUGGAUAGCAUGGAUUGUAAACUUGCCACGCUAGAUUACAUCCAAACAACUGUUAACAGUUUAAACUGCCGUUUGCAAACUAUGGAACAAACGAUCAACGAUCUCCAAAUCAAAGUGCGUGAUCUUGAAAAAAAACGUGAAUUUGACACCCAAACAAUGUCAGAUAUAAACAACACUCACAAAUACGUGGAAAACUUUAUGAAAACACAUAAACAAAACGGCCAAGAACACUCAGACAUUGUCAACGAAUUAAAAAUCGAAAUACAAGAUCUCAAAUGCCGCAGUAUGCGGGACAAUCUCUUAUUCCAUGAUUUGCCCGAGGAAAAGGAGGAAAACUGUGAGCAAAAAGUGUUAAAAUUUAUUAAAGAAAAACUUAAUAUUGAGGAACGCGAGGUCAGGUUACAAAGAGCCCAUCGUAUAGGCCUGUUCAAUCCCAGCAAGACAAGACCGAUUGUCGCCAAAUUCAGCGACUAUCCAGUGCGGGAAAAUGUUCGACGAGCUGCGAUAAAAUUAAAGGGAACAAACUUUGGGAUCUCGGAACAAUACCCAAAAGAGGUCGUCGAAAAGCGCAGGCAACUGGUUCCAAUAAUGCUUCAGGCGCGGAAGGACGGGAAUGAGGCGUAUCUCAAUGUGGAUAAACUGUACAUUAACAAACAACUCUACCGUGGACCGUGUUAG